AUGCGCAUGAUCAGUAAAUUAAAAAGACUCCAAGAAUAUUGUGAAAAAUUAAUGUUCACAUGGCCAAUAGAGUAUGGUAAAAAAGUGGAAGAGGUCCUCUGGAGAAAAGGAUUCUAUGAAGUCAUACAACUUGUUAGAGCCAAUGUCAAGGAACUUUCCACAGAUGUGAAUAUCGAGAAGGCUUUCCAUAGUCACCUUCUUUCAGCUAUUGGAUACUACAAUCACCUUUUGCUUAAAAUUUGCCAAACAUUUAACUUGCAACUUGAUAACAUCAAUCUAUUUUCAUGGCCUUCCAACAAAACUCGCUAUCAACACGACAUGGACAAGAACAGAUGCAGCAAAAGAAGCGCACAACACUACUAUCACAUGGCUAUCACUAUCAUGCCUUCUUCCGGUCUGCCAUACAACCAGCUAGGCACGUUGGCUGGCAACGAUGUUGAUGAAUCUCUAACAGCUGCCUAUUACUAUCUAAGAUGCGUUGUCAGUCCGCUAAGCUUUGAUGGCUCUCAUAGCAAUCUAAUCAGGCUAUUUCAGCUCAAUAACAAUAAUAAAAUAAAUAAUAAUAACAACAACAACAAUAAUAAUAAUACUAGCAACAACAAAAAUAAUAAAAAUAACCAUGGCUACCGUCUACCUUGGAAGAGCGAUGAUGAUGAUAACAACGGCUGCAACACUAAGAAUGAUGAUGAUGGUGGUGGUGGUAUUUUGGAGGAAGUGAAACCGAAAGAAGAUCGUGAAAUUCCCGGUGAUAAAAAUAGACCGCUGGUAAAAGAUUAUAAAUCUGUUAAAGAUUAUGGAAGGAAAAAGAAGGCGAGCAAAAUGUGUAGAAAUAAGUAUACAUCGGUUAGAAAAAGGAAGAAGGGCAGGCACUCAUCAUCGUCAUCAUCAUCCAACAACUAUGACGUCAUCAUCAACCUCUACAACAACAACAACAACAAUUUCCAAAACAACAACAGCGUCAGCCGGCAGCAACUACAACAACAGCAGCAACAACUUAAUUACCCGUUUCUCGUCAACAGUUACAACACAGCAGCUACGGGCAUCAAUGAUAUAUCCAAUUCAUGGCUGGAGGAUAUCACAAUACUGCUUGGUAGAAAAAUGAUGAUGACGACGACGAAGUGCGAUAAUGAUAAUGAUGAUGAUGAUGAUGUCUACAGCAACAAUAAGAAUGGUGCAGGUGGUGGUGGUGAUGAUGAUGAUGUCUUGUUAUCAAAACAUGUGCCUAUACCUCCAGGUUUCGAAGAGUCUUUGGAGCUGAGGCACAUUCAAGAAAUCAGUCAGAAGCUUGCCACAUUCGAUAUUGAUACGGACACGGAUGUCAAUCAAACUGAUAUAGCUGAAUCGGAUGAAGAAAAGAUAAAAGAAGAUGAUAGUCAAUCAAAAUUGAAGAAAAAUCGAAACGAAUUUCUACUGGCAAGCCUUUCAAGAAAUGGAUUGUUGCUGUCUGUCAAGGUGCUCUGUGAUUGGUUGGCUGUCAAUCCUGUUAUUGUGGCUACAUGCGCCAAGAUAUCCUCUUCAAUAUGGUUCCGUCUGGCCACCUUAUUAAACCUUCUUCCAUCUGAGACCGACAUAACCAGUAGCGCAACGUACGUCUCGUCUAAUGCAUUUUUCAAAAGAAUUGUUGACACGGAGCUCUCCCAACUGGCGAAGACUCAUCAAGAAAUCUCGGAAAAACCCACAAGCUAUUUAUAUCUACCUCUAAUCGAAAAUAAACACUUACGGGAAUUUCCACCUCUAAAAAAAGCUUACAGUUUUAUCGACAUGAAAUCUACUAUCUUUCUGAACUCCAUUCAACAGGUCGUGCUGAGGAUUUGCAGGAUGCGCCACUUCGGUAGGCAGAUGUCGACCUUGAAAGAAUUGAAAUUUACAUUCAAUUCGGAAACAGGGAUGUACCAUAGUCGCAAUUUUCAGGACGGAGAUGAUGAUGAGGAUGAAAAAGUUUUCAACAUGAAUAUCAACAGCAGCCAGAAUGAUCCUAACCUCAUUGAGAAGAAAAUGCUGGACAUGGAAGCGAAGAGAAACCAGUUAAUGAGGGACAUGGCUCAAUUGCGACUCCAGUCUGAAGUUGAUAAGUUGCAGGGAUCUCUCGUCCAAUCAUAUCCACCGUAUUUAGUGGCCGACGUAACGUCACUGUGCGACGGAUGGCACCUGAUCAAGCAGAUGUCACUUUCCGGCAGAUUCAUCGUCAUCAUACCAUUGGCUGUUAUCGACCAAUUGGAUGUUAUGAAGAAAGAUUCUGUGAAAGCCAGAAAUGCAAUAAGGUGGAUGGAAUUUGAGUUGAAGAAGGGUGGAAGGUACUUGAGAGUCCAGAAACAGCAUGAAACUUUACUUCAAUCAACCAGCACGCCCCGAAGGGGUAAAGAUGAUAAAGUCACAUGGAGACACAUAAAAGUUAUAGACUGCUGUGAAUUCAUUUUAAAGAACAAUGCCAAAUCAAUAGGCAAAGAUGAUGACAAUGGCGAAGCUAAUAAAAGUAAUAAUAAUAGUAAUAAUAAUGGUAAUGACAACAACAAGAUUGGACAGGAGGAUGAUGAUGAUGACAACAUCGAAGAUUUGAAAGUUAAAUUAGUCGCUCCAUCAUCAUCAUCACAAGCGACGUCAUCAUCAUCACCAAUAGUUUGCCUACUUAGCAGCUCUUUUUCUGUGCAUAGUAAGGAGUUGAACUAUAGUCUUAAGGACGCCUUGACUAGGGCUAUCAACAAGGACUUCACGUCGAAUGUGUCAAUCACUUUCACAAGCGCUGGAAAGAAUCUAACAGCAGUAAUAAUAAGAAGAUUAAUAAUAAAAAUAACAGUAAUAAUAAUAACGAUAAAAAUUGCAUCAAAAAGAAAUACCGUCCGCCGAUUAGGAAAUAAACUUGAAACAAUUUUAAUUUUUUUUUCUGUCCAAUAAACCUCUUAGCAUUGCUGCAAACGGUUUUCGUUUGUUAUAUUGUUUAUUUGCAAUAAUUUUAUGAGGAGUUUUACGAUUUGUUAUGUUGUAAAGUGUAAAGAUAUGUGGUUGUAAAAAGUGCUUGUAAAGUUAGAGUAUUUGUA